AUGUUUGGGUUUGCGUUCCUCUCAGUUCUGAUUGGUUUUAGUGUGCUUCCUUUCAUUUAUGUCAUCACUAAAUUAAUACCUUUAUUAGAAGCAUUUGGGAAUUGUUUCAGAAGCAAAGAAGAAGUUAGCAGUCAGAACAACUUGGAUGAAAAUGCUUUUCUACGGGGUUACGGUUACGAACUUGACCGGGUUAUAGGCCAAGGGUCAUACGCAGACGUUAGGAAAGCUUACUCCAUAAAAAGUGAAAGGGAAGUUGCAAUCAAAAUUGUCCACAAGGAAGAGGAUGAUGAUGGGAAAAAGAGCAGAUUCUUGAAGAGAGAAAUAGAGAUUCUUAAAUGGCUGAACCACAAGAACGUGAUCCGAGUAUUUGACGUGAUUGACGGAGAGAAUAAAUUCUUUAUUGUGAUGGAAAUGGCUCCUAAGGGUGAUCUUCUGUCUCUCUUACUCAAACGCUACAAACUAACAGAGAACGAGGCAAAAGCUAUGUUUAAAUCAAUAGUGGAUGGUGUUCUAUACUGCCAUAAAAAGGGAGUUACCCACAGAGACCUCAAGCUUGAAAACAUUCUUCUUUCUGAGGAAAACGAACCGAUUGUUACCGAUUUUGGCUUCGCUCGUUACAUUGGAGCAGCUUCGGAUCAAAGAACUCGAAGUAGAACGUUCUGUGGCUCAUAUGCAUACGUUGCUCCAGAGAUUCUGCAAGGUAUUCCUUACGAUGGCAUGGCCAGUGACGUGUGGAGUCUUGGGGUUGUUUUGUACACCUUGUUAUGUGGAAGUUUUCCGUUUGAUGACUCAAAUCCAAAGACUCUUUUGCAGGAAACAACUUCUGGUGAACUGGAAUAUCCCACUCACGCUUCCGAUCUUUCUGAUCAGACAAAAGAUUUGAUCAAAAAAAUGUUGUCAGCUAAUGUUAGAGAAAGAAUUACACUGGCUGAGGUGAUGGAUCAUCCUUGGUUACAAGAAGACGCGACUGCCUCAUAA